AUGAUAAGAAAAAUACUGUCGAAGGAUCAAAAUGUUUUUGAAUGCAUUGAAAUGGGACAGAUAAGUAAAAUAUCUGAUAAGGCAAUAGAAAAUAAUUCAGAUAAUGAACAUGUAAAUAUAGAAAAUUUUAAUCAGUAUUCUUCAAUAAAUAUAAAUAAACCAUCAUUCAUUGAUGAUGAUAAAUAUAUAUGUAAUAAAAUAUUUGAAACUAUGAAUGAUCAAAAUAAUGAAAAUUUAAAAAAUCGGGAUGUUAAUUGGUUUGAGGAUAAUGAUAUUGAAGAAGAUAAAUUUAAUUCUAUAAAUACUGAAGAGAAUUUUCAUCAAAUGUUAAUAGGAAUGAAAAGAAAUGAAGAAAGUGAUAAGUUAUCAAAUUUAGAUAAAAAUAUUGAAAAUGAUAUAGAUCAACAAUCUGCCCCUUUAAGUGAAUAUAUGGGACUUACUGAAUAUAAUGAAGAUAGUCAUAAAAAAUUUAUAAACAAUUUUGAUGAGGACAAUAUAGACUUACUAAAUAGUCAAAUAGAUGAUACUCACGAAAAUCGUGAAAAAAAUAAUGACACUAGUCAUGAUGAAGCUUGUAGCAACAGUGAGGAAAAUGAUACAAAACAAGCAGACAUGAGCAGUGUCAAUAAAAAUAAGAAAGACACACAUGCUAGUAAUAAUGAAAACGAACGUAACGAUAAAAAUUUCGAUAAACUAAGCAUUAGUCCAAAUAUGAACGACUCUAUUGAUAUGGAUUUUGAAAACAUUUUUAAAGUAAAUAAAACUCGUGAUAUUUGCGAACUUAAAAAAAAAGGAGGGGGGGAAUUUAUGUUUCCCCAAACAAUUGCUUCCGAUUUUAAAGAUCCAAAUAAAGAAAUUCCAUUUUUUGAUAUAAAAAAAGAAAAUGGAAAAAAUUAUGAUCAGCAUGACGAUGAUACAAAAAUUGUCGAACAUGCCAUCCGUCAGGUAAAUAAAAGUGCCGAUGCACUAAAAAAUAACAGCUUUAAUAAAAAAGAAAACAUUCCUCAUAAUUUGAGACCUGAAGCUUCAACUCCAAACAGUGAAACAAAAAGUGAAAAAAAAAAUUUUAUGAGUGAAGCUACUAGAAAGGUAAAUAAAAUAUCUGAUAAAAAUAGUGAGGAAGAAACCGAUGUGAUAACCAACAUGGAUGACACUACUAAGUCGCAAACCUUAGAUAAACAUAAAAUUAAAAGAAAUGAUUUAAAACAUUCCCUUAAAAAAUAUCAUUCCAAUAAUAUCCCACGAAGACAAUCAUCGAAUGAUAUAUACACUUUUGAAAAUUGUUCAAAUAAAAAAUUCCAUAGUACUAAUAAUAUGGAAUAUAUGAAUAAUGACAUUUUUGAAUAUUCCCCUGAAAUGCUAAAUCGUCAGGGCCAUCAAAUGGUCGAAAAACGAGGCAGCGAAAAGCGAAGUAGCGAAAAACGAGAUAGCGAAAAACGAGAUAGCGAAAAACGAGGUAGCGAAAAACGGGGUAGCGAAAAACGAGACGAUAAAAGUCUACCAAAUGAUAAGAGUAAAAAUGAUAUAGUAUCUGAAACUGUUGAAUUUGAAAAAAAUUUUAAAAAUUUAAUAACCGAUGAGCAUUUUUCUUUAACUCCUCCCAAUAGGAAUGAAGAAAAUACUUUGAAUUUAUAUGACGAUAUUACUGAUAUGUCUAUUAGAAACGAAAGAAAAAUAGAUAAUAGAAAACCCUUUUUUAAGGAUAAUACUAUGCGUAGUUUAAUAAAUCAAGCAAGAGAAACCCUUCGAAUAAAAGAAGGAAGUAAUAAUAAUGAACUAAAUAAAAAAAUAAUAGAGCUAACAGUACAAAAUAUAAAAAAACGCAAUGAUAAUGAUGAAGGAAUUAACAAUGAUGAAAUUGAUAGCGAUGGAGAGAGUGUUCAUAAAACAGGGGUUGUUGAUUUAUAUGAAAAUAAUUUUAAAACUAUAUUACAAAGACCGUUAAAUAUUGAUCAAAUUCAAAAUAUGAAUAAUUUUCAAAAUUUUGAAAAAAAUAAACAUGAAUCUUUUAAAAAAAUUGAAAAUGAAAAUAAGGGAAUCACCCCAACUAAUCGACUAGAUAGUAAAGAAAGAAUUAUGUUAAGGAAAUUUUCGAAAAAUGACAUAGAAGCCAAUAGCGAUACACUUUUAAAUCUUCAUUAUAAAGGUAGUGGUGAAAAAAGGCUUUUAACAACUUCAACAGAUGUAACUACUCUUCAAAAUAAUAAUAAAACAAGUAGCACAUCUAUUGGUAAAAGUGACCAAGCAGAUGCAGAUGAAAAUGAGAGAUAUCCACCACCAGUUAUUAAUGAUAAUAAAAUAAAAAGAAGAGUUAUUGAUUGUAAAAACGAUAAAUUAAAAUGGGGUACAACACAAGUAAUUAUUGAUAUAGAUGAUACAAUAAGAUCAAGUGGUGGAUAUAAACUUUUUAAUUAUGCAUUAGGUGGUGUAGAUGCACAAUAUCAUAGAGGAGAAACAUAUCCUGGUUCUUUUCAAUUCAUAUUUGAAUUAGCAAUGAAUAAAUUACCACCUGAAUGUAAACCUUUAUUAUUAUCUGUUUUGACUGCUAGAAUACCUCAAGUCCCAAUAACUGAAAAUUCAUUUUUAAAUGUAAAAUUUCAUGAAGUAGCAGAAAGACGAGGAAUUAAAAAUUGGGGUAUUGAUUGUGAUAAUAAAAUUUUAUAUUCUACUUUAAAAGAAUGGGUAUGGAAUGAAACCCGAGGAGAAAAAAAAUUUUUUAAUUUUAAACAAUUGCAUAAACAUGUUAUUCAUCAAAAUUCUCUUGUUCGAUAUAUAUGGAUUGGUGAUACAGGAGAUAUGGAUAAGCAAGCAGGAGAAAUGAUGAUUAAAACUUUUCCGCAAAGAAUGAAAGCUGUUUUUUUACAUCAUGUAAAAGGGAAAGAUGAUAAAACAUUAUUACCAAAUGAUUAUUUUAUUAAAUCAGUUCCAGUAUUUUUUUUCCGAACAUAUGUUGGAGCUGCGACAAAAGCCUAUGCAUAUAAUUUAAUUGAUAAAAAAGGGCUAACUAGAGUUCUUGUACAAGCUGUUUUAGAUUUGGAAAAAAGUAGAACACCUUCUAACUCAUCAAAAUGGGAAGAUUUAAUCAAAGAUAUUUUGUUGAGUGAUGCCAUUGAUGAACUUGAUAAAUAUAAUGCAGAGACCGUUAAUAAAACAAAGAAAAUUAUAUCAUAUCGUAUGAAAGAAAUGGCAGAAAGAAAACUAUAA